CAAGAGAAAAACAAGAACACUAAUUAUUAAUAAUCAAAAAGCUUAUAAAUAAAACCGAGCUAAUAAUUAAUUAGUACACUCCCUAAUUAAUAAGCUAAGAAGAAAAAAAAGAAAGAAAGAAACAAUGGGAUCCACAAAGAUAAUUGAAGCAUGCAUGGUGGGGUUCUGUUUGGCCGCCUAUUUACUAACGACGAUGGGAGGCGGCGUGCAUGGCGCCGACUUCGACGUCAAAAAGCACGGCGCCAAGGGCGACGGCAAAGCGGACGACAGCAAGGCGUUCACGGCGGCGUGGGACGCAGCAUGCAGAGCGCCGGCGCAAAACACGGUGACGUUCCCGGCCGGGACUUACGCGGCCGGGCCGGUGGCGUUUCGCGGCCCGUGCAAAGGGCCCAUUGCCGUGAAGGCCACAGGGGCGACGGUGGUGGCUCUGGAGGACCCCGCCUUGUUCAAAAACACGUGGGUGCUCUUCUCUAACGUCGACCGGUUAACUCUCACCGGCGGCAUAUUCGACGGCAAGGGUGCCCUUGCCUGGAAAAAUAAUUGCGCCAAAGCCGUCAAAGUCUGUCAGCUCCCCGUUAGCUUGUACUUCAAUACCGUGACAAACUCAAAAAUAAGUGGAGUCACAUCCCGAAACAGCAAAUACUUUCACAUGAACAUCGUGGGAUGCAAGGGCGUGACACUGGAAAAACUCACAAUAGACGCUCCCGGAAACAGCCCCAACACCGACGGAAUCCACGUCGGCCUCUCUGCCGGAAUCAACAUCACCGACGCCAACAUAAAGACCGGCGACGACUGCGUGUCGAUCGGAGACGGGUGCGACAAGAUAAACGUGGAGAAGGUGACGUGCGGGCCGGGCCACGGGAUCAGCAUCGGGAGCUUGGGGAAGUACCCGAACGAGAAGCCGGUGAGCGGAAUAACGGUGAGGAACUGCACCUUGACGGGCACCAUGAACGGCGUUAGGGUUAAGACUUGGCCGGCUAGCCCCGCCAGCACCGCCAGCAGCCUCCACUUCCACGACAUCAUCAUGAACAACGUUGGCAGUCCCAUUGGAAACCCCAUUAACAUCGAUCAAAAGUAUUGCCCCUAUAACCAAUGCAAGGCCGAGGUUCCGUCGAGAAUAAAGAUAGUGGACGUGGCGUUCAGGAACAUAAAGGGGACGUCGACGAACAAGGUGGCGGUGAAGCUGGUAUGCAGCAAAGAGAUACCGUGCCAGCAGGUGCAGCUCGCCGAUAUCAAUCUCGUUUACAACGGAAAAGAUGGCCCCGCCACCUCCGAAUGUGCCAACGUCAAGCCCCUCCUCUCCGGUAAACUCCUCCCUCAGCCGUGCACCGCCGCCCCGCAUCCCUAAUCAAUCAACCACCACUGACCCA